UGUUCUUGGCGGCCAGUUCAAGUUGCCAUAGCAGAGAGAAACUGGCUUGUCCCUCUUCAGUUGUCACUUGCUAAAGUGACUUGUUAACGGUUUCUAUGUUGCUAAUUCAUGCUGGCUACUCCUGACCAAAACAAUGGAAUCCUCCAGCGAGUCAGACACCUUCGACCGGACGAGGGGGCUGAGGUCACGGGGGCGGAAUGCCAGCUCUCGAUCGCGACGGGACAGUCACAGAACAGGUCCUGAUGCUCCAGCCAUUUCAGAGAAAAUUAACACCUUGGCGAGUACUUUACAGGACACUAAUAGGAAUUUGAACAAAGUGGACCGGAUGCUUGGGCAAUACAGAGAGCACACAGAUGACCAGGCGGAAGCCAUGGCAACAUUGAGGGAUAAUCUGGAGGAGUCUCUCGCUCAGCUGCAGAACCAGAGGCUGCAUAGUUCCUCAGGGGUCCGGAGUGCCUCAGCCUCCACCCUGCACACCAGCGACCUGGAAGCUGGCUAUGGCUCAGAGGGCCAGCGCUUCUACCCCACGUCUCCCUUGAAGGACUAUGGGAGAUCUGAGUCGUCCGGAGAAGGAGGAGCGAGAAGGAGGUCAAGAUCAGCUACAGUCCGCUUCAGAGACUCCAGCCUGCCAGAUGGGGAUGUCCACAUCCUGCACCAGUCAUUCAGAGACCUGCGCAGUGACCAGCUCAGACUGGGGGACGACAUGGACAGAGAAAUCCUCAGGAGGAACAGGUCUGACAUUGACACCAGACGAGCCUUGGAGAAUCUGUCCGAGCACCUGACGACUUCACAGAGACAGGACUCGGUGUCGUCUCGUGUGGAGAAGCGUCUGCAGGAGAUUGAGAGGGAGAUGCGUUCGGAGCGACAGAGCGUGUCAGACAGACGACCAGAACAGCGGGGUAUCAUGUCUGAUGAACUGCGGGAGGCUCUGAGGAGGCGAGAGGCUCGGGACCUGGAAACUGAGGAGGCCGUCAAGAACAAACUACUGAGAUCAGAGAGCGAGAAGACCAAGAUGGAGGCAGAACUGGAGAGGGCCAGGAGACAGCUGGACCAAUCAGAAGGAGGCAGGGGCGCACUUCUACAACAGGUAGAAGAGAUGCGUGUGCAGCUGCUGAGGACAGAGAAGGAACGUAUGGAUCUGCAGAGGGAGAUCUCCCAGCUUACUACCCAGCCCAGAGCUACUCGCAUGGACAGGGAGGAGAGAGGAGCAGACCGGUCGUCGGAGCUGGAAAGAGAGGUGCAGGAGCUGAGAGCCCAGCUGAGCAGGACAUCUGUCCUCAGUGAGGUGGACGAUCUCAGGAGGACUCUGGAGCUCAAAGACCGAGAGAGAACACAGCUGUGCAACCAGGUCGAGGUGUUGUCGUCAGACCUGGCGAGGCGCGAGCAGCAACAGUUGAGGAUGCUGGAGCAGUUGAAGGAGAUCCAGGGCCGCUCUGAGGCGUGUGCUACCGAGAGGGCCCGGGCCCUGCUCAGGGCUGAGGAGGCUGAGGCCCGGCUCCAGGACAGCUCCACGAGGAGGGAGGAGCUGAAGACCAGAGCCCAGGAGGCAGUCAGACAGUGGAGGGCCAAGUGCAAGAGGAUGGAGAGGGACAUGGAGGAAAUGAGGGGACAGGCCCAGCUGGACACGGAGAAAGCCAAACAGGCAUGUAAGGAGAGAGAGCUGUCCCAGGCCCAGCUGAAAGCCUUCUCCCAGCAGACUGAAGGGGUGCGCAGGGAGCUAGCGGAGGUGCUGGGGCGUCUGGCUCGGAGCGAGGAAGAGGUGCUCCGUAAAGACGUGGAGCUGUCGGAGACUCGGGCACGUCACCUGGGCCUAGAGCAGGAAGUGAGGGAAGUGAGGGAGGCCUCCAUAGCCCUGGAGGAGGAGGCCCAGCGGCAGUCUGUCCUGCAGGUUAGGCUGAGAGAGGAGAACCAGAGUCUGGAGGAGAGGGCUGAGGCCGUAGCCCGACGCAGCCAGAGAGACCAGGAGGAGUUACAUAGCCUCCAGGCAGCCAUGAAGGAGUUAACCUCCGCCCGUGCCCAGCUCAUCACCCGUCUAGCUGAGGAGGCGGCGCUCAGGACGGAGCUCCAGAGGAGUGUGGCGGAGGGGGCAGUGCGGCUGGCCGCAGCCCAGGAGCUGAGGGCUUCCCUGGGGCAGCAGCUGGAGCUGGAGAGGGAGGUGCACCAGAGGGAGCUGGCCAGUCUCAGAGCCACUGUGCAGAACGGCAGGACCAAGCAGGAUAGAGACAUACAGGAGACACUACGACUCUGUAUGAAGGAGAGGAAUGAGAUGGAGCAUCACCUCAAGGAGAUCAAGGCGGAUGCCGCGUCGGACAAGGAGCUGGUGAGAGCUCUGCGUGUGAAGCUGGACAGGAUGAAGACUGAGUGUGACCGGAUGACAGAGGAGCUGAGCGAAGGAGAGGAGCAAUGCUCACACCUCCGCAGGAAAUACCAGCUACUCAAGCAGGAGCUGGAUGACAAGGUGAAGUGCAUGGUUCAGGGAGAGGAACGGAGGCGUGGGUCAGAGGAGGCUGUAGCGACACUAGAAGACAGACUGUCUCGUCUGGACACUGAACAGGAGUCCAUCCUCAGUUCUGUAGCAGAGGAGAUAGAUGCUGCCUGCAGAGCACUGUUCAAGGACUCCCAGGACAAACUUAAAGCCAUAUCCCUCAAUCCUGGACUCCAGAAAGACCCUCAUCGCUGGUUGGCUGAGACUAAGACCAAGCUGCGUUGGCUAUGUGAGGAGGUGUCUGUCCAUGAGGCCAGAGAGAGAAAGCUGCGUCGGCAGGUCCAGCAGGACAGAGAACAGCUGAAAGGACUGAGACAGAGCAGAGACUCUGAAAGACAGGCCCUGCUACAGAGACUGCACCAGCAGGAGAAACUAUUGCACUCCAUCAGCACAGAGAAGAAAGAACUCCUGGAGAAGACUCGGAGGAAGGAAAAUGAGAUGAGAAGUCUUCAGGAUCGUAUCUUGGAUCUGGAGAUGAGCACCAGGCUGGCGGUGGAUCACCUGGAGUCAGUCCCUGAGAAGCUGUGUCUCCUGGACAACUUCAAAGACCUGGAGGAGUCUCAGCGGCAGAAGGAGAUGGUGGAACAACGUUACAUUAAAUACAAAGAGAUCGUUGGAGUCCUGCAGCACCAGCUGGAUGAGUCCAAACGACAGAUACAGGAGUGCAGGGAUGACAGGUUGGACGCUACAACGCAGAGCAUUCGAUUGACUGCGCUCUCCUCUUCCAUAAGAGGCCCUAGCUCUCUCCUCACCAGCUCCAUGCUCACUGACCCCACGUCUCCACACAAACACCUGGCCUCUCCAGAAUGCACCCUGGACUAUAGCCGUUCUCUGAACCGCCGAGCCUCUCCUGCUGUCAACGGGGCCCACCCUCACUCCAUCUCCGACCACCGCAACAGUAACACAUAGUGCCCACCAUCAGGGAUUCACACUGGUUACAUGCAUGUAUUCAUCUACAAGCUUUUCAUUAUAGAGUUGGAUAGAGGGCUCACACGGAAGUGCGUUUUAACAUGGGCAUAGAGGCGAUUAUAGCAAAGAUAGUGGUGGGCCCUCUUUUUAACUCUAUGCCUUACUUGACAGUACAAUCGACACCCAUCUCUAUGCAGUACCGUGGUUGCAAAGCAUCACCACAACAGUCUUCCGUCAAUACCUCAACCAAAAAACAGCCAACCCUUCCCAAGCUGCGUGACUAGCAGCCAACCUAGAAAACAGCUAGCGUGAAGCCAAGCAUACACACUAAGUGCGAUUGUGAUAAGAAAAGCAGGGUUAAACCUAGUGGAAGGUUCAUAGCACAUAGCUUGGGGUAUCUUAUAAGAGAACCACCAAAUUUAGCACUGUGAAAGACGAUUGCAGCUUUCUUUAUAAACUGAUAUUUAUGAAGAUUUUUCAUUGAAUGUUACUUUGUGCAAAGAAAGCAGGCACAGCUUAAAGAAGACAUGAAGUUUGACUGAAAAUAGAUUGAAAAAGCAGCCAUAAAGCCAACGCAGGUCAACAUUCCAACAGGUCAUGCUAACGUUACAUUUGUAUACGUAUUUCAACACUCAAAACACUUCUCUGAAAAACACUGUUUUAAGCCCCAAUGUUUACCUUUUUGUGACAGGUUUUGUACUCUGCUGUUGUCAUGCCAAUGUGUUUCAUCUGAACAGAUUAGACGUGAUGAUUACAUUUAUGCUGACAUUCUGUGAAAGUUGUGCUGCCUUUCUAACUUCAUGUAGCCUAUGCAUGAACAAUAUAUUAUUAUUAUUUUCAACAGACUUGACAAGUCACAGGUUUGUUUUUAUGUGGAGUGUUUUUGCCACUACCGUCUUCUUUUUAUUAUUUGUGAAGAAGAAAAAUGCCAAUAAGCACAAUAUAUGUAUAUUUUUAUGAAAUGUAGACUAGAAUAUAUGCAAUAAACAAAUCUCCACAGAUCUGUAAGGAUCGUUUCCCCUGA